AUGAAAUUUUCCAUUCUUGUCGCCUUUUUUUUGGUGGUCCUGGCGGCUGGAGCGCCAACGUCGACUUCUGAAGUUAAGCAAGAAUCUUGGAGCGAUAACCAUGGACCAUGCUCAUCUUAUUCAAGCGAUGUGAAUGGAGUUAAGACUUCCGUCAACACUUGUACGAGAGAAGUUACCUGGAAAUUGAGGCACAAUGACGAUUGCAACAUUUCCACUUACUACAAAAAAACAGUCACUAUUGUCCCUGAAACAUCCACUGAGCCAUUCAACGGAGUUGCACAGUGCACGAAGACACCAUGCGACGCCACCGAGAAAAUCACGGUUGAUUGUGCUACCGCUUUUGGAGAAAAAUUGUCCCAAAUUGAAUAA